AUGCGUUUCUCCUUCAUCCUGAGUGUGCUCGCACUCUCUGCUGUCGGCGCGUCCGCUUUUCCGACGCCUCUACAUCAUCUAGCCUUCGCAUCCUCAUUAGCUGAAGAUGUACCCCCGCGGGUCCCCGACAAGCAGCCUACUCCUCCUUCCGCUCCCGUUCAGCGCUCUCAUACCUGGAGUCGUAGGACGAGAGCCCACCCAUGA